AUGGAAGCUGAAGCUGAAACUGAAGCUAAUCCUGAACAAGUAGAUCAUCUGUUUUCAUUACCAGUAGAUGCUGAUCAAAAAGCCACAAAGUUUAGGCUAUUCUCAAUUGCGCCACCGCACAUGCUCGCCUUCCACCUUGCAUGGUUCUCUCUCUUCUCCAACUUCUUCUCCACCUUCUCCAUCCCUCCCCUCCUCGCCGUCAUCCAAGACGACCUCAAUCUCACGGACACGGACACCGGCCGAGCCGGCACGGCCGCCUUCCUCGGCUCCAUCUUCUCCCGCAUUGCCAUGGGCCCCAUCUGCGACCUUGUAGGCCCGCGCAUCGCCAUCGCCACCCUCUCCCUCAUCACCGCCCCCGUCAUCCUCUCCACCUCCCUCAUCUCCUCCCCGCACUCCUUCAUUGCCCUCCGCUUCCUCACUGGCUUUUCGCUCGCCAACUUCGUCGCCAACCAGUUCUGGAUGAGCUGCAUGUUCUCCAGCUGCGUCGUCGGCCUCGCCAACGGCUUCUCCGCCGGCUGGGCCAACAUGGGAUCCGGCGUCACCCAGUUGGUCAUGCCCCUCAUUUAUACUCUCAUCAUGUCCUUCAACGUACCGUCCUCCACAGCUUGGAGGCUUGCAUUUAUUGUGCCCGCAGUGUUCCAAGCUGUCACAGCCUUAUUGGUCCUGGCUUUCGGGCAAGACGUACCUUCUGGGAGCUACAGAAGCUUGAAGAAGGUUAAUAUUGGCAAAGAGAGCUUGUGCAAUGUUUUCUGUCACGGGGCCAAGAAUUACAGAGCUUGGAUUUUGGCUUUGACUUAUGGGUUCUGUUUUGGGGUGGAGAUGACGACUGAUAAUAUAAUAGCUGAGUAUUUCUACGACAGGUUUGAUGUGAAUAUUCAAGUGGCGGGGAUCAUAGCGGGGAGCUUUGGGAUGGCGAAUUUCUUUUCGAGGCCGAGCGGAGGGUUGGUUUCUGAUAGGAUGGGGAGAAGGUUUGGGAUGAGAGGGAGGUUGUGGGGGUUGUGGGUGACGCAGACAGUGGCUGGGUUGUUGUGCUUGUUACUCGGGCGAGUCAACUCGCUCUGGGGAUCCAUACUUGUCAUGUGUGCCUUCUCUGUCUUUGUUCAAGCAGCCUCGGGCCUAACGUUUGGUGUGGUUCCCUUUGUGUCCAAAAGGUCACUAGGUGUGGUAUCGGGGAUUACAGGCAGUGGAGGGACUGUAGGGGCGGUGAUAACCCAGCUGUUACUGUUCUCAGGCUCUAAAUUCUCCAAGCAGACAGGCAUUUCUCUGAUGGGUAUCAUGAUGAUUGUGUGCACUCUCCCAGUCUCCCUUAUCUACUUUCCUCAGUGGGGUGGAAUGUUCUGUGGCCCUUCCCAUGGCUCUGAUGAUCAUCUCAAUGGACCAGAAAAUGAUGAAACAAACCAUUAUCGCUUGCUCCAAUAA